CUCGCCUUUGCUUGAUUCGCGAGAGACGAUUGGCUGGCAGCGCCUCUUCUGCGCAGUUUACCGCUUCAUUCUUUAACUGCGCUCUCUCAGCUCAGGUGGCCACAGGGGCUGUUGACUGUUGUUGUUUUACAGGGUGGACUUACCAAUAUGGUUCGGCAGACGGAUUCAUACGUCUGGCGUUAGAUCCGGAGCUCUAAAUAUCCGAUGUCGUAAACGCCACUGUAACGAAACAUGGAGUUUUCUGAGCACAUCAAAACAAGCUAUGUGGACAACGUGGUCCUGAGCCGGCCCUUCCGCCCUCCUGUCAAGGGGACCCUGUGCGUGACCAGCCACCACCUAUUGCUGUCCAGUCGACAAGAACGUGAACAAGAUGCAGAUCUGGACCCUGACGAGAAAGAUGGGGACACACUAGAGCUCCUACUGCUGCUCAAGGGCAUCGAUGCUGUGGAGAAAAGCGUUGAGAACCUUGUCAGCUACUCCAGCAGACCAUUUCGGAGAUCGUCUCAGAGUGACAGAUCCACAGGUUCUUAUGGGACUAUUACUAUCAAAUGUAAAGAUCUUUGCAUUUUUCAACUGGAGAUUCCUGGUAUGACAGAGUGUUUAAACAUCGCCAGCUCCAUUGAGGCCUUGUCAGCGCUGGAUUCAGUGACUGAGUUGUAUCCAUUCUUCUACAGGCCGGAGACAAUGAAAAUAGAAAAAAAAAUACCUGAGGGCUCCUCAGAAGAAUUCUUUGGCCAGAUAGCUCACCAGGCAGACAAGUGGAGGCUGAGCUCUGUAAAUAAAGAUUUCUCAGUGUGUCCAACAUACCCUGAAGCAGUCAUUGUACCAAAACAGACUUCGGAUGAAAUGCUGAUGGCUGCAGCCAAAUUCCGACAGGGAGGAAGAUUUCCUGUCCUCAGCUACUACCACAAAACAACGGGCAAGGUAAUAAUGCGCAGUAGUCAGCCUCUAGUUGGAGCACAAAAGAAACGCUGCCAGGAAGAUGAGGAGCUGCUGGGGGAAGUGCUGAACAACUCAGAACGGGGCUUCAUUGUGGACACCAGGUCAGCUCAGCUAGCUCAACAGGCCAGGAUCACGGGAGGAGGUUUUGAAUCCAAAUCAAAUUACCACAACUGGAAGCGGCUUCAUCGGAAUAUGGAGAGGGGAAAGAAUCUUCAGGAGAGUUUGAUCAAGCUGGUGGAUGCCUGCAAUGACCAGACUCACAACAUGGACCGGUGGCUGAGCAAGCUGGAAAAUUCCAAGUGGUUGUCUCACGUCCAGAGCACACUGAGCACAGCCUGUUUGGUGGCUGAAUGUGUUGAAAGGGAAGGCUGUCCUGUUUUGGUCCAUGGCUCCGAUGGCACCGACACCACUCUGUUGGUCACUUCAUUGGCACAGCUAGUCUUGGACCCAGAAUGCCGAACACUUAUUGGCUUCCAAACACUGAUUUGUCGGGAAUGGAUACAAGCAGGACAUCCUUUCCAACAGCGAUGUACCCAUCUGGCUCUGUCUCAUGCCAGGCUGCGUAAUGAAGCCCCGAUUUUCCUGCUCUUCUUGGACUGCUGCUGGCAGCUGCAUCACCAGUUUCCCCUGGCAUUUCAGUUCAGUGAGACCCUACUGAUACAACUCGCCCAAGAGGCUUACUUUUCCAACUUUGGAACUUUUCUUUGUGACACCGAAAAGGACAGGCAUGCAUUCCAGGUAAAAGAGAAAACCUUCUCCUUUUGGGACUGGAUGAACAAUCCUGCCGUGCUGAAGACAUUCACCAAUCCUCUUUAUCAACGAAAUGAGCUGGUCAUUUGGCCAUCUGUGUGGCCGCACAGUCUGCACCUCUGGCAAGGUUUUUUCUUCAGGUGGAUCUCCUGUUCCAAGUUUGUGGAAGAAGCACAAGAGGAAAUCCAGCGCAUUAUGAGACACUACAGCAGUUGUAUUAGUAAACUGAACAAGAAAGCGGUUCUUUCAUGAUGAAUGAUGCUCAGUUGUCUAUCUUUUUUGCAGGUUCAGUUAAAUUAAGGCUAAGAAAACAUUUGUUGAAAACUGCUUUAAAACAGAAAGGCAUUCUGUUUCAUGGCUUUAUUAAAGACUUUUAAACUUGAGAAUUUCCAAUGAAACUGCAAACACCUCUUGAAAUUUGUAAAGUACUGAUUUAUUAAUGCACAGAGAUGACAUAUUUAUACUUCAAACUCAAAUUCAAAGUACUGUGGGUCAAAG